AUGCUAUUAAAUAAAAACUCCCCUUCCAGUAGAAACAGAACAAAUUCAGGUUAUAUUUUUCAAAGGAAACAUAUCAGAUACCUUAAAUUAAUCAUGGAUUUGGUAUCUAAAUAUAAGAAUAUUAUUAUUCAAAACAUUUCGAAGUGCAGAAAUGAAAGCAACUCACUGAAAAUAAAUAAAUUACAAACUGCCUUCCCUACAGUUUCCAUAUCCACAAUAAUGGCAAUAUUUUAUGCAGCAGAAUUUAAAUUCGAGAGGAGUUACAACUCAUUGGUAUUAUUGGAAAGUGGAGGAGCCAUCAAUGAGAAAGAUGUUAUAUUGGAAAGAGAUUUUCUGGAGAUGAUAGACACUUUGCUACAAACACAAUUAGAGGAAACAUAUAGUAAAGCAAAAAAGGCAAUGGAAAAAGAAAUUAUGUAUAAGGAUGAAACAAAAUUAGGUGGUGAUAAGAUAUCCAAGGAAUAUAUGUUAGCCAGUUCUAAAGUUCAAUCAAAACUAGCCACCACUAUUAACGAAGAAUCAUUAAGUACUGGAAAGUCACAACCCACCCAAUCAAAUUGGAGCUCAGUUGCAAGGAAAGGCAAUACAUCUCUGGAUUCUAACAAAGGCUCUAUUCUACAUGAUAAAAAUACUGUUCAAGAGGGAAUGAAAACGCAAUACUCGAACAGAAAUGCUCCUCCUUCAUUAUAUAAUAUCCGUCAGAAAUUAACGACAGUUGAUACGCAAGAUAAAGAUUUCCCUACUAGAUCUACAAAUAAAAUUAGUAAUGAUAAUAAUAGCACACCAGAAAAGCAGUCAUUUAGUGACCAAACUGAAAAUUCUUUAAGAGCUGAACAUGUUUACCCAGAAAAUGUCUUAACAAACUCACGAUCUAAUAUAGCUCAAUUGAAUGCUAGUUACAAUUCCAAUACACAGUUAGAGGUUGGAGUGACUGUUAAAGGACAACAAAAUAUUACAAAGUCAAUCUCUGAAACCAAAUCGAUAUCCCAAGAUCAAUCUAUUAACCCGCAUGAAAAGAAAGUAGAACAACCAAUUGACCAGAAAACUAUAAAGUCUAAUCGUGAAAAGUUUCUAAAAGUUCCACCUAAAAAUAAUAUAUCAAUAUCUGCAACGAGUACCGCAGAUAUUAAUCAAAAGGAAAACAGUCAGGUAGUUUAUUCGAAUCGUACUUCUGACUUUUUAGUUGAAGCACAGGUAAAUACAGACAAAUUAACACUUCACUGUAAUAGUGAAAGUCAACAAACAAUAAGACAAAAAAAGAGUAUAGUAACUGAAAAAGAAGAGGAACUCAAUCACUUAAGAAACCCAGAGAGCAAACUGCCCAAUGAACAGAAGAGAACUUCACUUUUCCAAGACAAUAAUAUAAAAACAUUCAAUGAUGUUAAUUUUAAAACCCCAUUCACACAACCUGCAAAUAGUUUCUCUUCAUCUCAAAAUCGGAAGGUAACUGAAAAAGAUAUUGCAUCGCUACAAAGUACAAAAUCCCCUUCAUUCCUCACCAACCACCUACAACUACAGCAGCAGCAACAACCCAAUUGA